AUGCAAUAUCUAGUCCAACUCAUGGUGGCAUUCCUCUUGACGACGCAGGCGAGUAGUGACAACAGCACGCUUUCAGAAGACACGUGCAUCACGGAACACGGACUAUGGGGCAGCCUGCUCGAAAAGUGGGCCGUCUCUGCAACUCCACAACAUACAAGACAAGGCCGCAUAAUGGCGUUGCCCCCUGCCCACGGUUACUACGUAUCUGACCGGAUAGAUCUCAUGCCACCACCACCACCGCCUCCCCGCUUGUACCCCACUACUCAGCAUCUGCCUCACCCCUCGCACUACAAUGAGUGGCAGGCCAGUCCGCCACCGCCACCAGGACCUGGGAAGAUUGUUAAUCGACCACCAAAUCCAUAUAAGGAUAAAUUUAAACCUAGUUAUCCGCCUCCAUCACCGAAUCAGCCAAUCCCAGUUCACACUCCGCAGCAGCCAUACGCUCCUGGAGGAUUAGUCGACCGGGUGGACGAGACCAAACCGAGCAAACCACAGAAGCAAGUUUCGGAAACCGAUCUAUAUUUGCUGACCGCUAUAGAGAAAUUGGUUUAUCGAGUGGACUUAAUGGAGAAACGGUUGCGAAAAAUGGAAGAAAACGUCCAUUUCGUUUUGGCUGGAACUGAUGUGAAGCCGGAGCCCUGCGCCAGUAACUUCACUCGCGUCGGAAGCGGCUGCUAUUACUUCUCGACGGACGCGAUCAACUGGAAGAAUGCCAACUACGCGUGUCGGAAACUGAAAGGCAACUUGUUGGAGCUCGACGCGGACGACGAGAAGCGGCACUUGUUUGCCAACUUGCUCUCAGAUAGCAGACUGAAGGGUGCAGAUUAUUGGACGGGAGGUCUGAAUCCAGGUCUUCUGUGGAUCUGGUCCCACUCCGCCAAGCCGGUGUCAUCCAACAAUACAAACACGAGCAGCUCGCACAGCAUCGCGGGCGAGGGUCGGUGCUUGGCGCUGGUGCAUGACCCGGCUCUCCACUCCUACCUGUACCGCGGACAGGACUGCGCUCUGAGACACAGAUAUGUUUGCGAAAAGGAAGAAGAUAAUGACAAGUUGGGGAAUGAAAUAGAAAGAGUCGCCAAGAAAUUGAGAGAAGUUAAAAGGAAAUCUAGAAUUUUAAUUAGUGGAGAAGACCCGUGAUGCAACUGAUGCUACUUGCAUCGCGUCCCAGCCGUGCACUUGUUCACUUACAUAAUUAAUAGUGACUAUUUGUGCAGCCGAGCAGAACUUCAUGCUCGCACGCACAAACCAACACACACUGCACAUUUAUUUAAGCUUGUAUAAGUUAGUUCAUUAAAUGUUAGUUCCAGCUUAUCUCGCAAGCGAAACUUCAAGCAAAUGCGUACAUUAGUCAUUGUCAACACAUGUAGAUAGAUAUACCUAUUGCUUCUAGUUACAUUGUAAGUGAUCGUAGUAUAUGGUAGAAGUGGGUGGGUGGAAG